AUGGUGUAUCCCAUUCAGGCAGGGCGGGAAGCUUUGCAGGAGGCGCCCGUUCGCACGUUGGAAAUCAUAUGGGGGGCAAUACAUGCUGCCCAGAUGAAACCAGUUGUUCCCCACGCUACUGGCUCAGGAUACUUUCAAGAUGGACAAUCUAAGGAUGACGUGUUAGACGUUAUUGGCGUACCUGGAGAAUGCGAGAGCUUGUUGCCAAGUUGUUCGCAAAGCGAUGGCUUGGGCGAAGGUGUUUGCAUAGAUGAAGUCAAUCCUCCAAUUGGCAUUCCCAGUGAGACCGAAAGCAACGGCAAAAGGAAAAGCAAGACUUCCUCGACCCCCUCUGAACGCAAGCGCGAUGACGCAUCUCCGAAGGGGAGGCGUGCACGUGAAUUUGAAGCGCGAAAAGAAAGGGCCGCUGAGAGAAAAGCCAAGAAAGAACGACUAAAAAGGCAGCAAGAGUUGGAUCGCUUGAAGAGAGCCAAGAAGCAGCAACACGAAAUUCUGGAACAGCAACAAGAGUGCAUUUCUAUGCAGGAAGAAGAUGACAGGAGUACUGCCGUGGACAGACACAUCAGGGAUUUGGAGAUGUGGGCUUCAAGCGUGGCAUUCGCCAAAGAGCGUGCCCUUGAACUAACGUCCACAAGAGAUGCAAGCGACCAGAAGCUGAUCGAAGACCAACUUGCCCGUGACCGCGCCGACCAACACACUCAACGCAACGAGCUGUUUCGACAGAGGAAAAUCGAUUUAAUGGAUCAAGACACCAUCGAUGAACCUGUAAAAGUGACUACAAGUGUUGCCGAUGACCAGCUCCAAGAGGGUCGGUAUGAUGACGUUGAUUUUGCUCGGGAUUCCUGCCAGGAGCUGCUGGACCAGUUGCUUUUAUUGCGCCAGCGAAUCGUGAAGACCAUGCAGAUGGAACGUCUUCGACGCGAACAACUGGAAACGUUUCAAACACAAUGCCAAAAUAUCGAAACAGACCUCCGCCAAGCAGAGCGACUGCAACGCACAUACGCGCGUGGCGGGGUUACAGCCGAGAUUCUGGGCGAUGUCUCGGUGCAGGAGCUGAAGGAUGUUGAUGCAUCCGUCGCUAGGCAGCACAUUCUUCUAGGGAAAUACCAGUCCGUACUGAACGAACGAAGAGAAAUAUGGGACCUUUGUGUGAGCCGCAUACAGAAGUUGAAGAUUGCACUUCGGGCCAAAGAGGCCGACCUUCUGGCACAUCUCGAGGAAGUCCGGGUUAGCAUGGCUGGUCUGAGGAAAAAGGCUGAAAGAAUCCGUGCAAAGAAUGAGAGUUUGGCUGCGCUCAGGGCAAGCGUCGAGUCUAAGACAAAGAUAAUGAAGAACCGGGUCGACCUCUUCACCACCGAACAGUCACUGCUAGACUCACACGCUGGUCAAUAUUUCGACAGCGACAUUUGGCAGCAAGGAGUGACGCAGCGGAUGUCUAAAGCUGCGUUUGCUCAGGAUCUACAGGUGGAACUCAAGCGCCUGGCCCGCAACAUAGAUGGCAAUAUCCAGCAAGCAAAGCUGAUCGACGAGACCCUCGCUAGGGACAUAGCGGAGGGUCAGAAGGUCGAGAUGAUCACCCAGAAGCUCGGCCAGAUUGUUCACGUCUCGCAGGAGCGCUUACAUCGAAUGGUAUCAAGGACGGUUGUGCAGGAACUUCGCGACGUACUGGAUACGCAGCAAAAGUCUGACGAUGCAUCGGUGUCGGCCAAAACGGAAGAAAAAACCUUGGCUGAAGUGAUUCGCGACAAGUCAAGCCACCAGCGAAGUCUGGAAGAGAAACAGUGGGUCGCGCUGGAUAUCCUCAUCAACCCAGAACUCUAUACUGCCUUGUCUGUUGUGGAAAAGGAAGAGCUGCAGCUGAACGACGAGUACAAAACGGAGUUGACUCGGGAGGAUGUGGCCAGGAUCCUUGGGUUACCUCACGAGAUACAGCUUGCUCUGCCGCAAAUGAAAUCAGCGGUAGAAAUACAUGCACACAAGCUAUUGACAACGUAUACGCUUGAACACGGUGAUGCGGAAUUCGCCAAAGCAGACGAACAAAGUCAAGACCACUUCUUCCUUGCACCCCAGGUAGUCAUCACGUUUUCGGGUUGCAUGGACUCCAGAGGCUUCAACAAAGGCAGAAUUUGCGCGGUACUCCGUCGGAAAUCAGAGUACUUAAGGGGGGUUGAGGCCUCUACCGGGGAGUGCAUUGGGUUUUCUCCUCAUGCUCGCCAGGAGCUAAAUACUGGAGACCAGUUCUACCAAACACCUGGCACCAUCCUGAUCCAGCAUUGUCCAAGGCGCGUCCCCCUAGCUCGUGGUACGUACGAGGUGGAGGUGACCGCUUUGGGGCCAACGGAGUACUCUGUGGUUGUGGUCGCCGGGCAGUGCGAGUUGUGCGCAAGUCUGGUGGACAAGCGGCUACAGGAGGCACGAAAGUUGAAGGUGCGACUGACCGAUCUCGAAGGCGAACUGAGCGACACGUGGGAAUGUGUGCGUCUGCGGGAACGACAGUACCACGUGUGCAUUGCGCUUAUCGAGGAAGCUGGCUCAGAAUGUGUUCGCUGCCAAGAGGCCAUCGAUGGACUUUGCGCGCACCUUCGCCCACGCAGCGCAGGCAGCAUCGUUGGAUCAUUGCCUGAGUUAAGUUCCACCGAAGACAGCGCAUCCGCCACCCGGAGUUCAGGAACGCGUAGCUCGUCCUCAACAUCGCGGUCUACGUCCGCGCUCCUUACUACCUCCAGUGCCAGCACUGGCUCCAGUACUGCCAGUUCGUCGGAACUGUCUGAAGCAGAGCGAGCACAAACCUGGAACGAGGUUGCCGCCAUCGAAACUGAGCACAUGCAUUGGGGCCGUCUAUACACAAUGCGGUGCCAGGAAAAAACGAGCGUAAAGGAAGCCCUCCAAAAGUUGAUGAAGAUAAGAAGAGACGGUAGAGCCGAGAAGGCUCGCCUCGAAGAACAGCUUCAACAAAUAUCCGCCGAAAUCCCGAUUGUGGUCGAGAUUUUGAAUGGCCCCAACGCCGCUGCUGAGAUAUCGCGGGAGCUCAAAGUACGCUCGGAUGAAGGCAACGGUGGACGUCACCCUUCCAGUCGUGAGGGCCCACGAAGUUUGACGGUUUCUCUUGAGACUCCUGCCGGGAAAAUUCGACAGGCAUUCGAAAGAAGUGGUUUGGAGGCACUGACACUGGAAGAACAACAAUGGAUUACGCUGGACCAGUCCAUGAAUCCAGACAAGUAUGAAUGGUUGCAACGGCAGCAGGGGGAAGAAGCUUGCUAUGCUCUCGACAAAGGAAAAAAGAAAGGCACGAAGAAAAAGCCCAACAAUCCUGCUCUCAAUCAGUGCCGUUUCCAACGUGAGGAACUGAUGCGCAUCUUGGCAGAAUCGAGUGAAGACCUCACUCGUCGGGAAAUGCAUGUGCGAAAGCUCUUGCACAAGUUUCCCGACGAUCCACAGCUUUUCAACCCCCAAGGUCAAGUGUGCAGUGAGGCGCAUGACUUUCCGUUGCCAGAGCGAACGCGCAUGAAGAAGCACGACGACCGUACGGCCACAGAGAAGGAAUGGGUCUCCCUCGACAAGAUCUUGAAUCCACUGGCGAGUGACGAGCCUCGUCUCCAAGGAAAGCUGAUCCCUAGAGCGCCACUAAGCAACAGCCAUGGCUGGAGAGGAAUUCAAAUGGGGAAGAGCACGGAAGGCCUUCGCACAGACAUCGAUGAACGUCUACGGUGUCUCCAGCAAGAGUUGGACCGGGUGGCGCAUUGCAGCAACCCGAAAAUCACAAGCUCUAUGUUGCACGCAGUCCCACAGCGCUACCCGACGAGCACACUGCGAUUGCACCUUGAGGCGGAGAUUGACCGACUGCUUCGCGAACAAGUGCAGCAUCGAGAAAGGAAGAACGUGUACCUCUUAGAAGACUUUACCAGCAGCGAGGAAGAUGAAGAAGACUACGGACAAGGAAGAAAAAAAGAGAAACGCAAGACGCGCCGAUCAAAGCGGCGUGCGGGCCGCGGAGACAUGAACAUCUUUGAUGCACGGAAGCGCAUGCUGCUGAAAUCGACAAAGACACCUGUUCAACGUGAAAACGCUAGGAGGAUCGCCAAUCUCGGGCCUGGCGGAUGCCCGGCAUGCAUGAGCAACCCAUGCCAACGCAUUCCGGUCGCUAACGUCGAGGAGACCAACUUCCGCUUGGAGCGAAUCGCAGAAGAGCUGCACUUUGCGCGCAUUAGCACGGAGAACAUGAUUGAGAGCACUUGGCCAUCGUCGGUAGAAAUGGACGGGAACACAAUUUUCCGACGAGUCGACUUCAUUGACGAGCUGAGCUCGGAACAAAGCUACUUGAGACAGAGGCUAAAGCUUCAUUUUAUUGACGAAGAGUUCCACGAAGCUAACCGCACCUCCAAACAGCAUAUUGAGUGCGUUGCAUUGCACGGCUACCGGACAUUGCUUUGGACUAAAGAUGCACGGGUUGCCCUUGAGCGUGAGCACAACCGGCUGGUGGCUCAUGCGGUGGCUGUUGAAGUUACGCACGAUAUCCUGCAGUGGAUGUUGGAAGGAUGGCAUUUCGGAGAGCGCCAAUCUGAACAUGCAUCACUCAGGCACACACCUGCCGUGGACGUGGAUGGUCUGGAAGACGAAGCACGGACAGAGCGAAACGAAGACAAAGCCAACAUGCUAACUGUUCCACCGGGCAUCGAUGGAAGCAGCUGGAACAAUGUCUCCGAACGAAUUGUCAAGGAGGGCGGCAUCCACGAUAAGGAGAUUGAGUUCAUGGAAUCGACGAUGCGCUUUGGUCUGUUCUGUGUGACGGUCAUGUACUUCCGUGCACGGUGGUUGCUCCAUCGACAAAGAAAUUGCGCAUCAGAUUUUAAGCUUGGGUGGACAAUCGACACAAGCGUUCCAGUACGAGCCCAGAGCAAACCUGUCAACCAGAUGACCGUCUCCAGCACCCAGCCAGGAUACCAACGGGUGAAGGUCCGCAAGGAAAAGGAGCAAGCAGAGGUGUUGGCAGACUUCGCGGGGUUUGUCGCAGUAGAAAAGAGAGAGUUAGAUGCCUCACAACUCAUACAGCGAAUCCUGCGAGGGCACAUCGGGCGCAAGGCAGCUCAUCGAUGGCGUGAAAAGCGAGCGGAGUACAACGCUACAAAUUCACUCAUGGUUUCCGCUGCCGUGUUCAUACAACGUUUCCUGAGGGGGUGCUGGGGAAGAAGUCGCGCAAAGACGAUACGGGCUGGCAUCGCUAGAUGGCUAGCCCAUCUUGUUGACGACGAAGCUCGCGAGUUUGAAGCUCAAGUUUUGAGCACGAACAAGCUCGAGGCCCUCAAGAGAGGCGUCGAAGAGCUGAUGGUAGACGAUACUGGCUCAGACAGCUAA